AAAUUGGCUGAAUUUUGGCCUACAGCUUUUAAGCGUUUCUGGGCAAAUGAAGCCAAAUUUCGACUUCAUAAUCCUAUCACAUGACGCUUGAAGCAUUUGGGUUCUCCGCAUCAGUUUACAUGCUUAUCAUUAGCCUUCCAAGUAGUUGCAUUAUAAUCAUGACUUCUGUUUAUAUGGGCGCCUUGCAAUGACUCUUUCUACGUUAUAUAUGCUUUGGGCUACAUUUAUCUUCUUUCAUGGCUGGGCCUAAAUGCUGAUGUGCUUUUUUCAGGGCUACGAGGCCCAUUGGAAGUAAACAAGAAGGAGGCCCAACUCUUUUAUCCUUCUUUCGCAUAAUCUGGUUCUUCCACCGGGUUGCUGCCUGUGAUUGUGACUCUUGAGUAUUGUAAUGCGUGGGGCUCUUUAUAAACAGUUACUGUCGCAGCUAGGUUUGUAUUUCAUAUGCGAAAGCAUGGUGCUUACUAAUUUCAAUGGCGUUGGUAUCGGAUUCGGUUUUGGAGUUGGCUGUGGCUUCGGCGUGGGAUGGGGUUUCGGAGGCAUGCCUUUGAAUGUGUUGGGUCUUGGUGCAGGUGGCGGCUGUGGGGUUGGUCUAGGCCUUGGAUGGGGUUUUGGCAAUGCCUUUGGUAGUCAGUAUAGAUCAGCUAGAGUCACAUUUCAGGGCAUAGAAUUUGAUAAGAAGGAAGAAACUACUGCUGGUGGUGAGUCUAAAGAUAUAUUGAAAAGCACACGGGAAGUUCGUGCUUCUCAAUAGCUUUUCUUUCCAUCCUCUUAUCAGCAGAGGACGCUAUGUCUAUCGAGUUUUGCUUCUCGAUAUGUCUUUGAGCUUUUCGGAUUCAGAUUAUCAGAUAUUUUACAAAUCGUGGCCGCACAUAAUGUAAUGACAUGCACUUGAAAUUUGAUGAAAAGAACUUCAUUUGCAUAGUUUAUAUCCUUAAUCUGUGAAUUUUGAA